CUGCAUGGAUGAGAGCAAAUCAAGUCUACCCCGAGGCCAGAAAGUUGACAUAUGUUGACUUCCCUAGCAAAUUUGUGUGGAAGAAAAAAAUUAAACAGUGGGUGGAAAGACAGCGAAGUUUUGCGGUUGGACGUGUCUACUUCGUUCGCCCUGGAGCAGAGAUGCUUGCUAUGCUCGGGGAUUGCUUUUAGACGACAAUGAUUACAUUCAUGCAAUCACCGAGGCAGGUCUAUGGUCAACCGCACCUUCAUUGCGCGAAGUGUUUGUCACUCUACUUAUUGCGGGCGCACUGUCAAAGGCGGACUUGGUAUGGGAGAAAUGCCGCCAGUAUUUCUCAGAAGACAUAUUGUACAAUAUGAGAAGGACACUGAAUGAUCCAGAGCACGAAAUGGAUGAUGAAGAGAUAGAGAAAUAUUGUUUGGUGGAGAUAGAGAAAAUUCUCCAGUCACGAGGAAGAUCAUUACGUGACUUUAUUGGAAUGCCAUUGCCUCCUGACUCAUACAUGCCUUCGAUGGAAGAUGUUCUCAUUAAUGAGGAAAUGAAAUAUGAUAAAUGUGCUUUGAGUAAGGAGCAUGAAAGUUUGAUGGUUGAUAUGAAUGAUGAGCAACAUGCUAUAUAUGAGGAAAUCUUGAAAUCUGUAGACAGAAAAAGUGGCGGUGUGUUUUUCGUGUAUGGAUACGGUGGCACUGGAAAAACAUACUUGUGGCGGACUUUGUCAGCGGCGCUCAGGUCCAAGGGGCAAAUAGUACUCAAUGUGGCAUCUAGCGGUAUUGCAUCACUGCUUCUACCGGGAGGAAGGACCGCACACUCCAGAUUCGCCAUUCCACUGGAUGCAACAGAAGAUUCAACAUGCCACAUAAAGCAUGGAAGCCCAUUGGCGAGGCUCAUCGAACGUACAAGGUUGAUCAUUUGGGAUGAAUCGCCGAUGACACACAGGUAUUGCUUUGAAGCACUUGAUCGUAGCAUGAGAGAUGUCCUUCGCUACUCGCAUGAUUGUGAUUCUACCAUGCCCUUUGGUGGGAAGACAGUCGUAUUUGGCGGGGACUUCAGACAAAUAUUGCCUGUCAUUCCAAAGGGCACAAGACAAGACAUUGUGCAAACGGCUUUGAAUUCAUCAUUUUUGUGGUCAUACUGCAGGGUGUUGAAGUUGACAAAGAAUAUGAGACUCGGGCGCGUGGGAGGAACAUCUUACACAAUAGAGAUUCAAAACUUUGCCGAGUGGAUAUUGAAGAUUGGAGAUGGAGUCCUGGGGGACGGAGAUGAUGGAGAAUCCAUGGUUGACAUCCCUGAAGAAUUUAUUGCUCCUAUGGCGGAUGAUCCAAUUGAAGCUAUUGUUAAGAUCACCUAUCCCGAUUUUGAAAUGCACUGUAAUGAUGUUUCUUAUUUGAAUUCCAGGGCAAUUCUUGCGCCAACUAUUGAUGAACGUGACAUGAUCAACGAUUACAUGUUGGGAUUGUCUCCAGGAGAGGUAAAGACAUACUUAAGCUCAGAUUCAGCAUCUUCUUCUGACUCAGACAGUGCACUCCUUCAAGAGAUCCACUCUCCAGAAUUUCUGAAUACCAUUAAAUGCUCUGGUGUGCCAAGCCAUGAACUGAAGCUGAAAGUGGGUGCACCUGUGAUGCUAAUGAGGAAUAUAGAUCAUUCCUCCGGAUUGUGUAAUGGCACACGCCUCAUCGUCACUAAACUUGGAACUCAUAUUCUCGAGGCUCAGAUGAUGUCUGGAACAAACGCAGGACAAAAAUUUCUCAUUCCAAAGCUCAGCUUGACUCCAUCCGACCUAAAGCUACCGUUCACAUUUCAGCGUAGACAGUUCCCUUUGAUGCUUAGUUACGCGAUGACCAUUAAUAAGAGUCAGGGGCGGUCUUUGGAGAGGGUUGGUGUUUUCUUACGUCGUCCGGUUUUCACCCAUGGACAACUUUAUGUCGCGGUCUCAAGAGUGACGUCUCCAUCUGGAUUGAAGUUUGUUAUAUGUGAUGAUGAUGGAAAACCGGCCAAGAAGACUAUAAAUGUGGUUUACAAGGAAGUAUAUAAUAAUUUGUAAUUUUUUUAAAUCUUCAUUUACAUUUGUUAAAAACAAUAAAUACGUUGAUCUAUAUUUUCAACAACAUUUUGUUA